AUGAAGGUAUACCUGUUUUACAAUCGGGUGCCACGCCUCGGGCACCAAGUCGGAACUGGUGAUCUGGCAGACGCCAAUUGGGCUGUCCGGAUACGAACGGUGCAGAGGCGGCUUGCUACGGCGACCCGUCUGGCGACUAGUGUGACGUUCCGGGCGCAGAUUCUGAAUGCCAUUCUGUUGCCUGGAAUACUAUUCACUACGGCAGUGUUUGACACGCCUGCUUGGGCGGCCCAAGAGCUCCGUAAUCUCCAGAGACAAUUUCUCUGGCGUCACUCGUUGUCAACGGAAACAAGUCGGCACAAAGUCAAUCCGGGACUAUUUUACACGCCGCGAGCAGCGGGCGGCAUUGGAUUAAUCUCGAUUCCAGUGGCGGUGAAAGCGCAACGCAUUAAACAUGCACUUCUGUGGUUGACACAGCGGUCCGAUCGGUACGCAGUGGCCUGA